AUGGCUCGAAAGGGUAGCAAGAAGGCCAGGACGGGAUGCAUCACCUGCAAGAUCCGUAAGGUCAAGUGCGACGAGACGAAGCCGUCGUGCAACCGCUGCAUAGCCACCGGCCGCCACUGUGACGGAUACCAACCGCCGGGCGGCUCAUCGACGAGGAAUCUGGAGCUCCGGCACUACCAGCCACACCAAGUGUCCCCCAGUGCAAACGGUCAAAGAGAAGGCCGGGCUUUGCAGUACUUCUGCCAGGAAGCCGGGCCGUACCUGUCGGGCGCCGUGAACCCCGAGUUUUGGCCCCAGUUGGUCAUGCAGUUUACCGUGUUUGACUCUGCCACGCGGCACUCCGUUAUCGCCAUCAGCUCCCUCGCAGAGAGGCUGAAGUACUGGGAUAACAAGGCAGAGGGUUUCCGCCUGCGAGACGAGGUUUUCGCUCUCCAUCACUACAACGCCGCGAUCCGCGACCUGACGACCGGGACCGUCGAGCUGCGUCUGCCUGCGAUCUUGCUUGUCUGCCUCCUGUUCACAGCCAUCGAGACGCUCCAGUCGAGGCAGAUGGUCGCCAUCAAGCACUGCAAGCAUGGCUUUGAGCUCCUGCAGGAUACGGUCACGGUCACCGUCUAUCCGUGGAUAAGGGAGCAUCUCCUCCCCUUUUUUAGACGAACAACCAUCAUCGCAUUCGUACACGGUGAUGACCCUGAGGAUUUUCCGAAUCUGACGGGACUGGAACACCCUAUCCCUGCCGGGUUUUCCGUCUAUAACGACGCCCAAGUCAUGCUCGACGAUGUCCUCAGUCGCACAUUGCAACUUGUGCGGCGUGCCGACGCCUACCGCCAACACCCUGGGGAACAAAGUCCUGUGCCGCCCAAAUUACUAGCUGAACAAGCCAGACUCAAUCAUUCGUUAAACAUCUGGAAGGCCCUUUUCGAUGAUUACGAAUCUCGUGCCUCCUGGUCGCCAGACACACCCGGUCAAGGUCAAGGGGCGGAAUACAUGUCCAAGGCUUCCCGGUUCGUUCUUUUGUGCCGCCACGAGUCCUGUCGAGUCUGGCUCAAUACGGCAUUUGGAGGAGAUGAUUACGACUACAACAAGCACCUCGAAGCAUACGAAGCCAUGCUGGAUGAUGUGGGCAUCACAAACCCCCAAGUCAAAGCAGUCUUCACGGGCGACGCGUAUUUUAUCAUCGACGUGGGAUAUCUGCCAGCCAUCUCUGUCGUCGCGACGAAGUGCUGGCACCUGGAAUCUCGCUUGAAGUCUCUAGGCAUGGCGCCGCUUCCCGGCCUUCCCCGAGAGAACCUUUGCCUGCUUGCCCAGGCUGGGGACUGCAACUCCCCGGCGGUAAAGCACACGUUCGGUCACCCAACGCCCUGA